AUGCCGGUGCUAAGCAGCAGGGAGAGGGUGGAGAUGGUGACCAUGCUGGAGGAACUAAUCGAGAAGCUUUGGUGGGAGCAACAGGAGGCCCUGGCGUUGUCGCCGCACCACUUCGCCAGCCCAGAGACCGACUGGGCCACCACUACAAUCAAUCUAUCGCUAAUCUGCCCCGCACUAACAAAACUGGUCGCCCGCACGACCUCCACCUUCUCCUCCCGCACGACCUCCUCCUCCUCCCGCGCCGUUCGCCUCCCACAGCCUCGCGCCGAGCCACGGGAAGCCGCGCCCCUCACCGCCGCCUCGCGCCGCCGGAGCCACGGGAAGCCCCGCAGGUCGCCGGGAGCCCGCCCCCGCCGCGCCGUUCGCCGCCUCCCCAGCCGCGGGAGCCCGCCCCCGCCGCGGGUCGCCGCCUCCCCAGCCACGGGAGCACGCCCCCGCCGCGGGAGCUGUCCCGCCGCGGGUCGUCACCUCCCCAGCCACCGGAGCCGCCCCGCCGCGCCCGUGGAACUGCAGUACUUCUUCCCCGUCUUCCACUUGGGCUCUAACUACGGCCUCCGCUUUGUGCACUCGGACGCAAUCGCAGCCCCACCAUUGCUAGCCUCGCCUCCCACCAGAUCAAUUAAGGAAUCAAUCUUACGAUGGCUGAUGCUCAAUGCAGCGGAGGAUUACAGUGUUAUCCCUCGACGUCAUUCUCAACAAGCACCAGGACAUGGCUUUGUUUCUGCCAAAGGAUGUCAACAGAGCAUACAGAAGGAGGAGAGAGCAGCAGCGAGAGAGGAGAAGUUAAGAACAAGACACAUGCUUCAGAUUAACUCCUAUUUCUGAACCAAUAUGCUUUUGAUGAUUGAAUUAGAUUAAAAAGAAGGAUGACCUCGGUUUUGGGGACUUGGUUUUGUGAAUCGGUGUGUUAUAUUGACCAAAUAUCUUAGUAUUUGUACAAUGCGGCAAUAUGGAAGACUUGUCGCUGCUUUUACUGGAUUGAUAUAUCAUAUUGUAUGUAUAAUUAUUCAAUACAUAUAUACUUGCAACAACUUCUAAUCGUAAUUUC